CUCCCCUCUCUCGCCUGCGUUUGCAAGCUCCCCAUUCAUCUGUGCUGUGUGCUUGCAAUGACAGCCCUCUUUUGUGUCAGGGUAAUUUGUUUAUCUACUGCGUGCAGCUCCCACUGCUUCCUCUUUUCUCUACUGCUUCCCUCCGGUCCUGUCUGCCUCUCCUUCUCUCUCUCUGAAAUCUGCUUUUCAUGCUAGAGGCCUAUACAUGGCAGCUUGCAUUGACCCUGCUGCCUGCCUCACUCAGCACCCUGCUGGCCCGCGGCUCAUCUUGCUGCCGCCCCUGCUGCUGCCUUUUUGCCCUAGUCUUCGCCAGCCUCUCGUCUGAAGGAGUGCCCAGCUUGUGAAAGACAGAUAAAAUAAAUCGAUGCUGAUGAAAUGCUGACUGAGAAUAAACAAUGACAAUUGAUGUUUGUCAACCGAGAUACUGAAGAAACUUUCCAAAAAAACAGGACAAAGUAAAAAACAUGGAAAGCACCCAAGAAGAGCUGAACUGCAGCCCUCCAGUUCACACGAAUCUACAAGCGGGGAUCUGACGAGCUUCUUUCUUCUGGUAUCGCUAACGGGCCUUUUACCAUGAGCCAUUCCACUCCAGCUACAGCUAAUGGGAACGAUAGCAAAAAGUUUAAAGGAGACCGUUCCCCCUGUUCUCCAUCAAGAGUUCUACACAUCAGAAAAAUUCCCAAUGAUGUCACAGAGUCCGAGAUCAUCUCUUUAGGUUUACCUUUUGGCAAAGUAACCAACCUUUUAAUGUUGAAAGGAAAAAGCCAGGCCUUUUUAGAGAUGGCAUCUGAAGAAGCAGCUGUCAGUAUGGUGAAUUACUACACCCCUGUUCCUCCUCAUGUCCGCAGUCAGCCUGUGUAUAUUCAGUAUUCAAAUCACAGAGAACUGAAAACAGACAACCUUCCUAAUCAAGCUAGAGCACAGGCUGCAUUGCAAGCUGUGAACACUCUCCAGUCUGGCGGUCUUACACUCACAAGUGUACCAGGGGGUGAAGGUUUGGUCCUUUCAGGACAAAGUCCAGUCCUCAGAAUUAUUGUGGAAAAUCUAUUUUAUCCUGUCACAUUGGAAGUCCUGCAUCAGAUCUUUUCAAAGUUUGGAACUGUAAUCAAGAUCAUCACAUUUACUAAGAACAACCAGUUCCAGGCUUUGCUUCAGUAUGCUGAUCCAAUGAAUGCACAUCAUGCCAAAGUGGCUCUAGAUGGACAAAAUAUAUAUAAUGCAUGCUGCACUCUGCGCAUCGAAUUUUCCAAGCUGACUAGCCUUAAUGUCAAAUAUAACAAUGACAAGAGCAGAGACUUCACACGCCUUGAUCUACCUACUGGAGAUGGACAGCCUUCUCUUGAUACCACAAUGGCUGCAGCAUUUGGUGCUCCAGGGAUUAUAUCCUCCCCAUAUGCAGGGGCUGCAGGGUUUGCACCAGCUAUUGGCUUUCCUCAGGCAGGACUUUCAGUUCCAGGUGUGCCAGGACUUGGACCUCUUGCUCUUACCACUUCUGCCAUCACUGGGCGUAUGGCCAUCCCUGGCAUGACUGCAAUUCCAGGUCAUUCUGUGCUGUUGGUUAGCAACCUAAACCCUGAUGCUAUCUUACCUCAUGGGCUGUUUAUCUUGUUUGGAGUCUAUGGAGAUGUCCAGCGUGUGAAGAUAUUAUUCAACAAAAAAGAAAAUGCGUUGGUGCAGAUGACAGAUGCAACCCAAGCACAACUUGCCAUGAGUCAUCUAAAUGGACAAAGACUUCAUGGAAGAGUUCUUCGGAUUACCCUCUCAAAGCACCAGUCUGUUCAGCUUCCUCGGGAGGGACAUGAGGACCAAGGUCUAACCAAGGAUUACACAAACAGCCCACUGCACCGUUUUAAGAAGCCAGGCUCAAAGAACUUCCAAAAUAUAUUUCCUCCCUCUGCAACGCUGCAUCUGUCCAACAUUCCGCCUUUAGUCACUGAUGAAGACCUUAAAAGACUAUUUGCAAGUACUGGAUGCUCAGUCAAGGGUUUUAAAUUUUUUCAGAAAGAUAGAAAGAUGGCUCUUAUUCAGCUUGGAUCUGUGGAAGAAGCCAUCUUGGCUCUAAUAGAACUGCACAACCAUGACCUGGGAGAGAACCACCACCUACGUGUCUCUUUCUCCAAAUCGAUGAUCUGAAUUUAAUUUUCUCAACUCUGGCCCUACAUUUACACACUCACUUUUUUAGACUGGAACACUGUUUCAGCAAAUGCCCUAAGAAAAAGGCUAAGAUGCUAGGCCAAUGCUGCCUCUUAUUACUGAACUUCUGUAACAAGGAGAAAAGCGUACACAUGUAAACACUGACUAAACAAUGCAGAAACCUCAAGACAUGAAAUAAUCUACUUGCCACCAGUGAAAACUGUAAAUUCUACAUUUUGUGAAAAAUCUCCAAUCUCCAAAAUGCAUUUUUUUCAAUGCUUACUCUUAAAUGACCUGUUCAUUUUUUGUUCCAAUAUAGCUUUAUGCAACAUCUAUAUGACAAUCACCCAGAUGUUCUAACUUUUAUUCUAAUUUUGUUUAAUUCUAACAUUUCUGUGGCAGUGAGAUCACAGCUUUCUCUCAUCAUCUUCUGUUUAAAUUAUUCCCAGCUGCCUCUUUCUUACGCAGAGCAUUAUGAAUGUAUACCUAGAUAAUUAGGAUAUAAUCCGAUUUUAUCAAAUAUAUUGCCUUCUAGGGGUUUUAUCAUAAUGCUCACUACACUACAGAAUGUAGUUUAGUAAUAAUGUUCCUAAACACUUUUUACAACAUUUGGUCUGUGAACCAAUCUUCAAAUGAAAUGGUGCUUGCAGAAAUACAAUUAUGUAAACUUUUUAUCAGUUGUAUUUUUUAUGCCAGUUGUGGCAUAUAUUUUUUCUCUGUGUAAGUCCACAGAUUAUUUUUUCAUUUUAAGCUCUCCUAUCAUGAGCACACCUUUGUUUAAUGAUAAUUUAUUAUGUUGAAACUAAGAUAACAGAUAAAUACUAAAUUUAAAGACAGCGUUGUCUGCAUGUUUAAUUUGAAAGCAGUACAAACCAUAAUAUUGUGUUGUGUAACACUGGUCUUGGAACAAAAUGAAUAGGGCCACUUCAUGAAGAAAAUCAUGAUUAUUCUUUUCAGUUUUUUUGAAUAAGAAGUUUACAGUCUUGAGGAAACUAUUCAGGUCUAUCAUUUGAUUUGAUGGAUUUUUAAAAAUUAUUUUUGGUAACGUUAAAAAAAAAAAAAUGGACUUAAACCUCAAGGUUUUUUGUACCACUAUAGUAACUAAAUACUUUAAAUAAUAUUUACUGUGUACUUAAUUUACUUAUGUGCCUUAUAAUGUGCUUAUAAUGAAUAAUAGGUUAGAUUAUUUUCUUAAGUAUCUCUAAAAAUUGUAUUGUGGGCUUGGUGAGAGAGAUUAUUUCUAUUCUUUGAUUCCCUAUACUAAAUGUUGUGUGUUCAGUUUUUUCCUUGUCUACGAGUAAGUCUGAAAUGCUUAUUUGCUUUACUAGCAGAUGACGUGCCUGCAAAUGGACAAUAACCCUGCACAUAUUCUGCUGUUUUUUUGUUUUUGUUUUUCCAGGUCCAGUUUGAUAACCACCAUGUGAAAAACUAAAACUGUGUGAAUACAGAAGCUCAAGUAGGCUUUAAAUUAAUGUAACAGAAUUUUUCUGCACAUGCCUCGAGACAUUAAUGGAAUUUCACCAAAAACGUUUUCGACUGUAUGAUAGAACCCCAUGAAUUUGUGAUUUUCAUUGUCUGAGGCUGAUUUAUGUGCAUACUAGCUUUAUACAAUUGGCACACAAUACAUUGUUUUGUUGUAGUGUCAAAAGCAAUCCAAUAUAAAUAAAACUUACAGGCUAGAAUUGUGAAAGACCCAACGGUUAUCUGUACACGUAUGGCUGUUAGAAUAACUCAGGAUACCUUAAAUAUGCUUUCUCCUUCUUUACACAGUACAAAAUGCAAAAUUAUGAAAUAUAUCUUCAUGAAUGUCUGUAAAUCAGCACUGAGUAUACGCAUCUGCUGUUUGCAAGAACAUGUAGAGGCGUUUAAUAAGGAUAUGAGAUUCUUAGCUUAUGAGUUCUUAGCUGGUCUAAGUACACACGGUGGAAUUAAUCAAGUUCCCAAUUUAAGGACAUUUUUAGCAGCACUGAAUAUGGUUUGUCAAAUAAACAGUGUUUAACUUUCCACUCCAAAUUAUUGUCAAAGGCAAAAAGUCCACAAGCCUAAAGUUCUUUAGUAUUUUUUCAUAUCUAUGGACCAACUAUGAGAAAUCUACUUUACUUCAAACAAUUUGAGCAAGCUAAAUUUCUGUGUGAACGAAAACCAAAACUUUGCAUGCUAAGAUUAUAUAUACGUAAUCAUUGAUAGAUACAUAAGCAUUAAUAUUAAAGUGUUACACGAUAAAAAGUGGGUGGAAUCAUUAUAGCUCCAUGUGAAUUUUAUCUGACCCUGUAAUAAAACUUUACUUUGUAUAGUGUUGUAUGUUAAUAUUAUUUUGAUCUCAGGUAACAUUACAAAAAUGCAGAAAACAUUUUGCUCAGCACCUGAAAGCACCCCCCGUGAAAUGUAAAUAGUGUAAUUUUUAUUUUGUGGCUGGUGUUUUUAUUUGACUAAUUAUAAUUAGACAUGGGGGACACUUGAUCAAUUCCACCCCUGUAUUUUCCUAUGGUCCUUGUUUGUUACAGGAAAGCUAAACUAAGAAUAUUCACUUUGCCCUUUUUAUUUUUAUUCUUAGCUGAUUUUAUUAAUUUCCCACUGGGUUUUUUUUUUACCCUUUCGCUUGAUAUUCAUUUGCAAUAAGAGUGGUGCCGGAAGAUGUGUUUUUCCCAUUCAUGGGCAUGUGCAAUUGUUCUCUGUUGCUCGUCGAUUGAAAAAUAAAUUGCAGCACACAGUAUCUUCCAGUUUCAUUAGUCCGGAGCCCAUGUUACCUACUUCAUUUUUUUUUUUCCUUUUUUGAAGUCUAGCUGGAGGCCUACAGGCCAGAGGUGCCCAUAAAAGUGAUCUUAUGGCCCCCAGACUGUCCAAGGGCUUUAUGGAUUUAUUGGUGCGACAUAAUGUUUUUCAUAUUUUUUUUUGGCCUCUGUAUUUAAAAAGUUGGACUGUACUGCCUUACUGGAUUGUUAUGUUGACAGUUGAGUAAAAGUAUUUCUCUGAUUAUCAUUUAAACCAGGACAGUUGAUUGAUGCUGAUUGCUUUUCACAAAGUUUUGUAUAGUAGGGCUUUCUGCUAAAUGUUUUAAGUCUUCCUUCCAAAAGUGGUUCAUACCAGCUAUUGGCUGUCUGUGGGGAAAAGAUAAACAGCAUUCAUUUACUGUAUGAUGUGUUGGUAGAUGGUACUGUUACAAGAGGCCUAAACAUUGUCACUAUAAUUAUAAAAUCAAAUUUCAUAAUGAACAUAACACUGACUGUAAGUGAUAAUCUGUUUUCCAAUGACAUUUAGAAUAAUUUUUUUCUCCCACAUUAGGUUGUGUUUGUACAUUCCAACCCUACUGCUUUUUAUUACUAUUUCAGAAUACAUCAGAAGCCUAUUUUGCUUCUUAAUAGCUUCUUUGUGCUUUUUUGAAUCUGAAAACUGCAUUUAAGAAAAACCGCAAACAAAAUGUUCAUUUUGUUUCAGCUGAUAACCUGAUAAAAAGUCAUAAAGGUUAACAUGACUUAUUUAAGUGCACCUUGAAAGGGUACCUGGGAUUCUGCGUGUAUAUGUCCCGAAACCCUCCACUACUCAACCCAGAAGCAGCAUGGCAUGGCAACCCAUACUAUGCAUGGCAUGAAAAUGACCGUUGCAGUCCGAAUACACAGACAAACAUUCUGGCCUUAAAAUUCCAUAUUGUCGGUGCUUAGGCCAGACAACUUCUCAACCAGUUCUCUUUAAAUUAAGUCUUAUUUAAGGUGUAUUUAAAUAUGUAGGUUUAUUUGGUGUUUGUUGUAGUGUGAGUUCGUUAUAAUCUUCAUUAAGAGAUUGUGAAUUAUUUUUUUGCUUCUGAUUGGCAUAUGUAUUGUAUUUUCAUGACUACCGAAUUGCUGUGCUGUUUUGUUUUUAGCAACCUGCAUUUAUUUUUUCUGUUUAAUUUUCAGUAUGAUUGUAUUCUCUUAGAAAGAGCUAUGACAGUUAUUAUCUUGAUCUGUUUUGACUAAACCAUAAUUUGCAUUUAUUAGCGCUCGAUUCGGAAAGGGGGCUAACAUAUUGAAGGACAAUAUUUCCUAUAACAAGUAGUACUGCAGGAUGGCAGUUUGUCCAACUUGUGUUUGAAUUCUGAAUGCACCUCUAAAAGACUUGCUUAAUUAAAAAAUGCAUCUCCCUUUUUCCCAUAGCAUCUUAUACAUGAGGAAUUCUGUGGAAUAUUUCUCGCUUUUUUUUUUUUUUGGAUAUUUAUAAUUUGUUGCAUGAAUUUUCUUGCGUGAAAAAACACCCAAGACUUUAAUACUAACACAACCCCAGAAUUCUCAAGUGGAGUGAUUUUUAUUCUAACAAAGGCUGAAGUGCCCAUUGGUUUGAAUAAAUCUGGGCAGCUUUGGGGUGUGAGGAUGGUAGAAAAUGUGUCAAUAUCUUAAGUUUUUAGGAUAUUUUUUUUCAGAAAUCAACCUGAAUGUUUUCCUCAAUGUUUAAUAAAAUGAGCCCUUAUUCUGCCUAGGUUUUUUCUUGCUUCCUCUGAGUGGAAGUGAAGCGAUAUGGUUGGGUAGAUUGUUUGAUUUCAAUUCUUUUGCUUGACCAUUGCUACAUCUGUGUAUACCUCAGUGUCCACUGAUCCAUUCUUAUUCUGGUCUGUCCAGUCUACCAUUUUCUCAAAUUGUUCUUAUAAGUGGGGCAUUGGAAGAUCCACAAGUGAAACUUACUUCCCUAGUUUUGACCUUUCACGUGUUUCCAAAUAGGUAAUUUUGAUAAAUGCAUUCUGCCCAGUUUUAUGCGACCUUGUUGCAGGGAUAAAUUAAAGCAUUACAUUUAGCAAACAGUAUUGUUUAAAAUGCUAAUAAUUUCUAAAUACAGCACUGAAACAAACUAAAUACUUUUAAGAUCUCUUAAAACCUCUUACCCUAUGGCCAUGUCAGACAAGGUGGGUUUUCCACCGGCGCAUGGCAUUGGGCCUGUUUUGGGUGGGUUUUGAUGCAGAUACCCCUGCCUGUGUGAAACAGGCCAAUGCCAUGUCACCAUAUCUGUCAGUAUACAGUGAUGUUGGACAUUUUCUGCCCAAGGUUCAGAACCUCCUUGUCUGACAUGGCCUUACGCACGGGACAUUCUUUACUAGCAUAAUAAGAGCUUGCUAAGUAGGUCCCAAAAGAACUUUUGCUGCCUUCUGCUUUGAUCUGUGUGUUGUAACACCUAUCAACAUGUGUGUUGUCUUUUUUGUUUAAAUAUUGUAAACUGUGAUCCUCUGUAAUUAUUAUUAAAAUUUGACCUUUUUAUUGUUUUGACAUACACUAGGCUUUCUAUUUGCAUUAAAAAGGGUAGUAGUCCAGUCAAGAGUUAGGUGUCCUAAAUAGAUUGUGAUUGUAUAAAUAAGUCAACCCAAAUCAAAGUAAUAGCCUAUUUAUGUCUGAUGAAAAUGUAGUUCAUAAUAUACAAAUAUGAUGAAGCUAAUAGAAAAUGUUUUUUAAAGGGACACUAGUACCCUAGUAGUAACCUGUCUUAAUUACUUUCAACUUCUGGGGAUGAUAUUUUUUCCUUUAGGCCAGUGACACACCAGGCUGUUUCUCCCAGAAAGACUGGGGGAGAAAAGGCCAAAUUUAGCAAAUCUAUUCACAUCUCUUCUUGCUGUAAUGGCACAGUACUGGCCUGUGUGCACAGAGAGGAUUUCAACACAGAAACUGCAUUUACUGUCCAAAUCUGCUUUGUGUGCAAACAGCCCAGUGCUGUGCUUGUCAGUAGCAGAUUGGCUUGCAUCAUUUUUUUCUCUGCCUGUAUUCCUACACAGGCAGGGGAACAGCCUGAUAUGCCAUUAGCCUUAAAACGGUGGUGGUCAUUUAUCAACACUGGCCAAGUUGGCCUGUGGACAGUAACCCAUGGCAACCAAUCACAUUAUUGCAUUUGUUAAUCUACCUGCAGCUGGCUGAAAAAAAACAAUUACUGAUUGGUUACAAGGGCCCACACUGCCUACAGGCAAAUUUGCCCGGCCUGAACUUCCAUUCCUAUUUACAGCAAUAAAUAUACUGCUACAACUGAGGAAAGUGUGUGGCAUAAGUAUGUAUGGCUGUAUGAGGAAAACUUUAUUCACAGGACAUCAGGUCCUUGGGAGAAGGGUGCUAAUGUUACUAGAAACAUCUAUGUAAUACUGUAUCUCCAUAUUUUAUAAAUGAGAUAUAGAUUUGAACUAACUCUUCUCCAGUAUAUACUCUAUUUCACUUUUUUUUUUUUUUUUACAGUAAAUUACAUCUUGUAGAAGAUGUAAAACUGGGCUUGCCCAGUUUGGCUAUCUACCCUCUAUUGGGUGGAUACUGUUGGCCCUUUAAGGAACUGAUCAAAAACAGCCAAAAAGUUGGAAGGAGCAUGUGCUUUAGAAUGUCUUUAUGACAUUUUCUGCUGUAUCUGUACAUGGCUAUAAAUGCUGAGAGCAGAAAUGAGAUAUCAAAGGUUCCCCAACUAAGUGAUCCAGUCAUUCUACAAUUACUUCUAUUUAUUACCAUUUCAUAUUUAUACAUGAGCUUUAAUGGUGUUCUGUCACAGUAGGUGUCUAGAUUUCAUAUAUUUCUGUAGUUUAAAUGUUCAGUGCUUUUGAGUACUUUCCCUCAGCUAUGCCUCUAUCAUUUUACUUGCUGUCUAUCUGCCACAGGCAUUCCAAGCAGCAGUGUAGUAAAUGUGAAUAAGUUAUUCAGGUAAGGUUAAUUGAUCUUUGUUUGCUCUGUGGAACAGUUGCUCUGAGCUUCAGUAUAACUUCAGUAUACUAUACAUCUACAGUUUCUACCAUAAAGCAAGAAGGGCCUUUAGUUUGCUAUAAAGGAGAAAAAAUAGUCACGUGAUUAACAUGGAAUGAACACCAGUGUAAGCAUGAAAGUGCCAAUAUAUUUUCCAACAAUUAUGUAAAACCUUUACCCAAAACUGCACUACUUUUUCCUUAUAUUGUAUGUUAUUUUCAGCUCCCGCCUCCCAUUUAUUCUGUUCCUUUAAAGCAGACAUGUUUUGCCAUUUUAUGACAGGAUAUACAACAAAAUCAAAAAGUCAAAAUAUGUGCAUGAACUUUAAUUAGGGGAGACAGUAAUUGAAGUUUUGCUUUUCCUUACAUAAAAUAUCAAAAUAAUUAAAAACUAGUUAGCGAAACUGAGGCAAAAUUCAGUUACUGACAAAAGAGAGAAACUUAGUAUAGUUAGUCACCCAUGGCAUUAAGAAUAAAGUAAAGGUUUCAUUGUCAGUAGCCACUUUCCCUCACUCAGCUGUAUCCUUUUUAUAUACAUAUUUCUCUCCCCAGUAUUUUCUUUUUAAGAGAGUAAAGUAGGAAGACAAGGCUUUAGGCUAAUGGAGCAGCAGCAAAAGUUUUAUUUCGACUGUCACCCCCAGAGCUAUACCAUUGCUUUUAAUGGUAACCAUUUUCACUGUAUGUUCAGGUGGUUGGUUUCCAGCUUGAAAUCCUUUUGUUCUCAUGGUGACAGGUGGUUGAUGUUUAAGUGAAUGGCACAGCACAGUCGUUUCUUCAAUGGAAGAAAACAGACUGGUGUGCCAUUAGCCUUAUUGCUUACAAAUCACUAUAACUGUAUAUUCAUGAGCACUAUCUUUUUUGCUCAUAUCACCUUAAAAAAAUCCACUGAUGACAAAUCUAUAUCAGUCUUCAGGGGUCAUAAAUGCUGCUGUUUCCAUUGUAUACACAGAAUCCAGCCUUUUCCUCUGAAAAGAAUACCAAUUUUGCAAAUCAUUUGUGCGAUACAUGUAAUGAUUGUUAUUCCUGCCCAUGGCUUGUCAGCCAUUUGUAUGAGAGAACUAAAUCCUACUCAGAUAACAGGCUAGUUUUUCAGGGCUUUAUUAAUAAAAGCAGGGUGGAAUGAGGACCAACUUUUAUGUGCCUUCAAUUUCACACAUUUUUUUGUGAAAUAUCAGUUUUAUUUUUAGUCUGAUUUUUAUUGUAUGGGAGGUAUACUAAUUUUAAUGGAAAUAAACACUGUUGAGCUGCCUUUAUAAUAUCUUAAGGCCUGCAACAAGUUACUUAUUAUUGAUGAUGAAUUAAAAAAAUCAAAAUUAACUCUUUAUACAGUACAAGCUGGACCCUAAGCCCACCUUCUUUAUAGGUUUGAGCCAUGUUUAAAGCUGUGAAACACAAUAAAACAGUCCAAUUUUAAUAAAAAUAUGCUCUCCUCAAAAAGCAAUGGUAGCAUUGAAUACUAUUUCUUUUGGGUUUGUGCAAUUUAAUGCAAAGGUCUACCUCACUGCAGACCUGACACUUUGCCUGCACCAAGGCUGUAAUAGACAGGAACUUUGCUAUCUGUAUAAGACAAGGCCUCUUCUUUGUCAGAACCUAGCACUUCCCACAGGCUGUACCACAUGUUUGGUCCAAAGCAGUGCUCAUAGAAAGUGUCAGGACUGCAGUGGGCUAAUCAAAUAUAAUAUAGAGGUGUUAGUAUCACUUUAACGAAUGUCCCAUUCAAAUGCAGGCGUGCUUUAGAAAAGGUAUAAUAGAAGGUAUAUUCUUCAGGGCAGAACAUCUGUGUUGAUAUGUAGUUUUAUUUUAUUUUCUUUAUGUAUGUUUUGUUCUUGAGCCCCAUGGUAGCACAACAUUUGACCAAGUGCAUUCUCGAACUGUAUCUAGAAUGUCACCUCAUUGCUCUGACCAAAGAUGUUUGUCCUGUUGUUAUUAAGUCACUGAUAAUAGUUUUUCUUUUUAUUUGUUGCUUAAAAAAAUGUAUCCUUCAUAAAAAAAAAAAAAUGAAUUCAAAGUGGCCUUUCCAGCUCUUAUGUUCUUUUCCUACUUCACCUUACAAUAUUACAAUUCAGUUUAAUUGUGAACAAAAUGCUGUCUCAUAAGAGCAAACAGAUUGAUGGGCAGUCUUUCAGUACUGUAUUUCCAGAAAUGGCUGGCUGGCUUAUUUACCAUUCUUAUUAUUUGAGGUUUUAUUACGAAGAAUGUUCAUCUGACUUUCAAAGAAAAUGCUGUAAAUAUUUGUAACUUUUUUUUUUUUUUUUUUUAAACAGGCAGAAAAAAAGAUGGUUUUGGGAACAAUUUAAAGUAAAAGUGCUUUUAUAAGAAUAAAACAUCAUGUCUUGUAUAUUUUGAUAAGCAACCGUACCAGCUUUUGUUUGUGACAAUGGAAUGGGUGGGUGGGCAAAAAGAAUCCGUGUAUGUUACAAUGACUUGUGUUAUAAAAUGAAAAGCGAAGACAAAUAUUAAAAACAUAUUUUCUAACUGCGUAGUGCAUGGUUGAUUCAGAUUUAUGUAUACUCUAUGCCAUUUUUUUGUGUAUUUACUGAAAACGACUUGAGUACCUAUACUUACUCUUUUCCUAACAACUCUAGUUGUUUGUAGCAUGCCUUUUAAUAAAUGUCAUUACAUCUAUA